AUGUUGAAUGAUCCAUUGUAUGAAGCAUGGGAUAGAUGCAACGAUUACAUUGUUUCUUGGAUAACCUUGGCAUUAAGUCCAGAAAUCGCUCAAAGUGUGAUCUGGCACGAUGUUGCAGGAGAUUUGUGGCGAGACCUAAAACACAUGUAUAGUCAAGGGGAUAUAUUCAAGAUGGAUAAAAUUGAUGAUGAGCUAAGCACAAUCAAGAAGGGUGAACUCUCCGUCUUAACAAAUUUCACCAAAUUGAAGGCAAUUUGGGAAGAGCUUGAAAAUCUGCGACCUAUACCCCCUUGUGUAACGUGUGCAGCGACUAAUUGUGCGUGUGGUUUGGAGAUUGUUAGAAAGUAUAGAGAGGAUGCCUAUGUCGUGCGAUUCUUGAAAGGAUUGAAUGAAGUUUAUUCUUAUGUAAAGUCUCAAGUCAUGUUGAUGAAGCCAGUGCCAAAGAUUGACGAAGCUUUCUCCUUGCUACUUCAGCAAGAAAGGCAAAUACAUCAAACUGAACCUAUACUCAAUGUCAGAACCCUCAGGAACGCUUCAAGCAACACUCCUCAAGCAAAUAGAGGAAGGGGGCGCGACAGAGGAGCUGGCAGAAGAAGAGGAAAAGGAACUUCAAAACAAUGUUCAUAUUAUGGGAAGACUGACCACUUGGUUGACGUGUGUUACAAGAAACAUGGAAUGCCACCUCAUUUCAAGCAAGGUGGAACAAGCUUCAUCAACAAUGUAGUUGCUAAAGAGAAUUCUGAUACAAACAACAACGUUAUUGGAGAGAGUUUAUCCUAG